UGCGCUGGCCCACAUCCGCCUCUUGUUCCUCUGCUCUUGCCUACCGACGACGUUGACGACGAAAGGAAGAAGCCGCCAAAGAUCAUUGGGAGAAUAGAGUCAUGGCGCCAAGAAACAAGGCCGUUGGGAGCUUGCCUCCGUCGGGCAAUCCAAAUGUGCCCACGCCGCCCGUUCGGUUUGGCGAGACGGUCGUCGAUUCAAAAAACAUAGGCGCGAAGGACAAGCGAGACGGAUAUGCUCCUGCCGACAGGUCGCAGACCACGUCGAGCGUGACAAAAGCGAGCAGGAAGCAGCAGCAGAAGCGCCGCCAGGGGAGAGGCUUUCUUGGAUUCCUUUUCAGCUUUCUGACGCGUGUCUUUGCAUUCUACGUCGCCAUUGGUGCUCUCUGGCAAUGCAGCUCGUCGCCGCUGGCCUUUGAUUUCAAGAAGAACGACAAACGGGGCCUCUGUAGGAACCUGGCUCACGUAAAGCAAGGUCUCCAGCCCGUUGUCACUCCCAUCUGGAACACUGUCCACGCCAAGAUCGACCCCUACACUGGUCCAUACAUCAAGGCCGCAACGCCAUACACCAAGGCGGCCUGGAAGACGACGAAGCCCUACUACGUCCAGGCUCAUAAGAGAGGAAGAGCCCUCUACAAUCGGCAUGUCGAGCCGGUCAGGAAGCGAACGGUCAAGAAGGGCAGGGCAUAUGCCGACCCUCACAUCAAGAACUUCAACGCUCAAUACAAGAAGCAGGUCAAGCCGCACGUCGACAACUUGCAAAAGACUGUCAAGCCCUAUCAAGACAUCUACACCCGCGAUGUAGCGCCGUACCUGUCGCAGGCAUACGCAUAUAGCCUGACGGCCAGUCAUGCUUCGUACACCUUCUACGUCGGCCGGGUGCACCCCUUGGUUGUCUCCUCGCUCCGCCAGCUGCAUGCCUUCUACGUGAACCAUGCUGAUCCAGCCAUGCGCCGCGCAUACAGCCUCUACGUGCGGCCACAGAUUGACCGGCUGCUGGCCAAGAUCUUUGAGCGAAAGGCUCAUGCGACGGGGUCUGAGGCCAUCAGGCAGGCAAAGCAAGACGUGCGAGAGGUACGGGCAGAGGGCGAUGCAAAGACCAAGGCGGCUGUUGAUGAGGCCGAAGCGUCGGCGCGCAAGUCACAGGAGGAUCCCUCUGUGGUCGAUCGCAUCAAGCAGGCCGCCACCGCUGCAGUCGGACGGGGCGACGAGGACGAAGACCCGAUCGAGGUCGCGAAGCUUGACGCCGAGCUCGAUGCGGAGCUCGAAAAGAUUAAUGAGCAGCUCGAUGCCUGGCUCGUCGGCCUCAAGAGACUCGAGAGCCAAGAGUAUGUCCUGGUCACCCAGCGCAUUGCGGAGCUCAGGAACCGCAAGCUUGCCGACCUGCCAGACCACUUUGCGACGCUCUCAGAGACACACGUCGAGGAGGAGGUGGCGUCAAUCUUGGUCAAGCUCGAGAAGGUCUUUAACAAGCUCUCCAUCGAUGCCAGCAAGCCUUCGUCGACGCUCGACGAGCGUCUCGAAAAAGCGCGCAAGACGAUCGAGGAACAGCUGGCCAAGCUCGAUGCGAGCGAAGCAGAGCUUCAGAGCAUGGUUCAGGGCUACGCUUCUGACCUGACAAAAGACGAGACACGGGCCGUCAAGGCGAGCUCCAACGAAAUCAAGCGCUUCAUCAAGGAGGCCGCCAAGAGCUUCGACCGCAUCAUGGGCGAAGCAAAGUUUGAGCGAAGUGUUGAAGAGUACGAGGGCUGGGACGACGGCCUCGCCAAGCGCGCCUCGUUCUUCCGCGAGGAGCUCCAGGCCCUCGUGGCGGGCAAGGCGCCCUACCGGUCCUCGGGCAUCGAGAAUACCACGGACCUGCGAAAGGAGCCGAAGUUGGACAAGCACAUCGACGAGCUGCAGAAGCAAGUCACCAAGCUGUACAAGGCCGCCCGGUCCCAAGUCGACUCGUACGCCUCGACGGGCAUCCUGCAGCUCCAGGGCCAAGGCUCGCUGGGCGCCAUUGCCGAUGUCCGGGACAACAUCGUCGAGCAGGCCAGGUCGAUCUCUGAGGGCGCCGCUGCGUCGAUGUACGCCGCCGCUGUGGCCGCACGGAGGAGGCUCGGCAUCGGCGGUGACGAGGAGCCGGCCCAGGGCAUCUUGGCCCGGGUCGGGGAGCAGGCCCGUACGGCGUCGAGGUCUCUUGCCAGCGCUGCGGGGGCUUCUCCCACGCCCGAGGGAAUUCAGGAGCACGUCGAGAGUGCCUACGACGCGGCCACGUCGCAGCUUGGCGAGGCAGCCAUCGCAGCGGGCCUUGCGAAGAAGCCAAAGGGACCACUGGACAAUGUGCGAGACGCCUACGAGGGCGCGGCCAAGCAGGCGGGACAGACGUACAACUCGGCCGCAAGCCAGGCUGGCGAUGCCUAUGCGUCGGCCGCAGAUGCCGGCCACUCGGCCUCGUCGUACGUUGCCUCUGCCGUCGGUGGCCAGCCGUCGCCGCUGAGUGCGGGCGAGUACGUGGAGCAGUACGCAGACGCAGUACAGGACGGCCUCAAGAGCGCAUCGAGCAUGGCUGCCUCUGCUGUUGGCGCCACGCCCAGCCCAGAGAGCGCAGGCGAGUACGUGGAGCACUACGCAGGCGUUGUGGGCGACGCUGCGGGAUUGGUGUACGAGUCAGCAGCCGACCUUGGGUCCCGGGGUGUCGAGCAGGGCGCAGAGGGGCUCCAGGGCGUCUACGAAGGGGUCAAGGAAGCCGUCGGACUGGGAGAGAGCGAAGAGGACAAGCUCGUGGGAAAGAAUGCAGAGACAAAAGACUACAACACGGUGGGCAAGGCAGCAAAGGAGGCCAAAGAUCGCGUGGCCGAGAAGAUCCACCAGGAGUUGUAGCUGGUGCUCUUCUCGCGCUCUCUUUUGGGAGCUCUCUUGGGGAGACGUAACAUUCACUUGUACAUGGUGCGCUGUGUGUGGUCUUCUUCUGCUAGGAAUGAAAAAGUUGGCAUUGAUCGAGAUUGCAGGAUCAGAGUGUCAUACGGAUCAAUCGGACGGGGCGCCUACGAUGACGGUUUGGUGGAGUCGCACUUGAUGCCUGCCCUCGACUGAAACCCUAGUGGGGCCCACUUGCUUUCUCAUACAUCUUGAAAGGGCGAUCGAAACGGAGAGUGUCCAAGAAAAGA